UUGGCAGGGGAGGAGGGAGGUUGCUUUCGGGGGUACCACAGACCAAAGAAGCUUAUUGGGUGGUGGGAAAGCUUGAAAGCUGGGGCAUGAUGAAUGCAGUGAUGAGUUGCCCCUCACUUGUCUAGCUACAAUUGUACAUUGACACCGCAUGGUGUGGCCAUCCACCGUGCGAUGGCGUGUAUGUGGAUGUGUAAUGCCAAUGGGAUUUGUACAUAAAAGGCGACUCGACUCGACUGCCAAGUUUCUUACGUUUUUUAGUUUGUCUCUUGACCCAGUUCGUUGCAUGUUCUUUCCAUGAAUACAUGUGGGAGCUUUUGUGGUGUGGAUUCCAUCUGCAAUUCCGAUUACGCUCCGAGUCAAGCUCCCCUCCCCUCGCGAUAAGAUAAAUCCAACCCGCCCUUGUUCUUGCCCGCCAACUAUCCCACUCCUUAUCAACAAACCAGAGAAAUAAUAAAAGACAGGAAGACCCGUUUCUCUUAUAUUUUUUUCUGUGGCAUACGGCUUCUCUCCUCUCCUUUCCUCCCCUCAAUCCCUCGUACACAAAUCCUCACGAUGGUAUCCCUUCGAGCAGCGGCGCGAUUGCGUCCUUCCCUUACCCGUAUCGCCCCUCAAUUCUCCCUUCGAGCUCAGCGAGCAUUCACAGCAUCUGCUUUGAAGGCAGCACCAUCUGCAGAGACAUCCUAUAUUACUGGUGAACCGGCUGGGCCAAGAAUCAAGACCGAGAUUCCAGGUCCUGAGAGCAAGAAGGCAAUUAAGGAUUUAGAUACUGUCUUUGAUACUCGAAGUCUGAACAUGCUUGCCGACUACACCAAGAGCAUUGGAAAUUACAUUGCUGAUCCAGAUGGAAAUGUCUUGCUCGAUGUGUAAGUGCUCAAUUUCUUUCUGUAAAGAAUUGUGCUUUGGCUAAUUAUAAAAUAGGUAUGCCCAAAUUGCCUCGAUUCCAGUAGGAUACAACAACCCCGCCCUCCUCAAAGCCGCCCAAACCCCCGAAAUGGCCAGUGCUCUCAUUAAUCGUCCAGCACUUGGAAAUUUCCCUUCCCACGACUGGGCAGAAGUCCUACGAACUGGUAUCCUCACCGUGGCACCAAAGGGACUAGACCAAGUCUUCACCGCAAUGGCUGGAUCCGACGCAAACGAGACCGCCUAUAAAGCUGCUUUCAUGUGGCGACGACAACAAGAGCGUGGAGGAGCACACGUAGAGUUUACCCAAGAGGAUAUCGCUUCCAGUAUGCUCAAUCAAGCUCCUGGUGCUCCCCAACUUUCUAUCCUAUCCUUCAAAUCUGCCUUCCACGGCCGUCUCUUCGGCUCCCUUUCUACCACUCGCUCCAAGCCAAUUCACAAGCUCGAUAUUCCCGCUUUUGAUUGGCCUCAAGCUACUUUCCCUCUCUUCAAAUACCCUCUGGAAGAUCACGUUGCUGAGAACCAGAAGGCUGAAGCUGAGGCCCUGGCUGAUGUCGAGCGUCUCAUCACAACACACCACCUCCCACCUUGCGCCGUAGUCGUAGAGCCCAUUCAGAGCGAGGGAGGCGAUAACCACGCAUCACCAGCUUUCUUCCAAGGUCUCCGUGCAUUGACCAAGAAACACAAUGUCCUUUUCAUUGUUGACGAAGUACAAACUGGUGUUGGAGCAACUGGAAAAUUCUGGGCCCACGACCAUUGGAAUCUGGAUACCCCUCCGGACAUGGUAACAUUUAGUAAGAAGGCCCAGACCGCGGGAUACUACUUUGGAAACCCCGAGCUACGACCAAAUAAACCAUACCGUCAAUUCAACACCUGGAUGGGAGACCCAGCACGUGCCCUCCUCUUCCGUGCUAUCAUCAAGGAAAUUGAGCGUCUUGACCUGGUUUCUAACACUGCAAAGGUCGGAGAUUACCUAUUUUCCGGUAUUGAGAGUUUGGCGAAGAAAUACCCAGGCGAGAUUCAUAAUUUGAGAGGCAAAGGACAAGGAACAUUCAUUGCAUUUGACAGUCCACGACGAGAUGAAUUCUUGAAGAAGGCUAAGGGAUUUGGAGUUAAUAUUGGGGGUAGUGGAGAGAAGGCCGUGCGAUUGAGACCGAUGUUGAUCUUCCAAAAGCACCAUGCUGAUAUCUUGCUGGAGGCUUUGGAGAAGAUUGUUAAGUCGUGA